AUGAUGGACGUUGAACGGGUCGAGCACAUGCCGCCCAAACCAAUGUAUUCACUUAUGACGCAGCCGGUGGUGCUCAAGGAGGAGCCCGUGGCCCCAUCUCCACCCACGACCCAGGCCGCGCAACAGCAGCAGCAACAGGCCCCGACACAGACACAGACGCCAGCACAACCGCCACAGGCGCAACAACCGACACAUAACCAGACACACACACAGCCACCGCAGCAGCAGCCGACCUCUGCGCAGCAACCGACGUCGUCCAACGCCACCGCCAGCAACUCCACCGAUAACAAGAAGCCCGGCACCACUCCAAAGGUGUCGCAGGCCGCGUUCAUCCACAAACUGUACUCCAUGCUGGAGGACUCAUCCAUCGAGCACCUAAUUUCAUGGUCUGCGUCCAACGACUCGUUCAUCGUGUCGCCCGGCGAGGAGUUCUCCAAGGUGCUGCGCCAAUACUUCAAGCACACCAACGUGUCGUCAUUUGUGCGCCAGCUCAACAUGUACGGCUUCCAUAAGGUCAACGACACGUUCACUUUCCACACCGGCGACUCCUCGCAAUGGGAGUUCAAGCAUGGCGGCGGCUCGUUCAAGCGAGGAGACGUUGAGUCUCUGAGAGGUAUCAAGCGACGAGCGUCGCGACAGUCGGCCUCCCAGAGAGACAGUGUGCCCUUGCGGCCCGUGGGACUCGUAUCAGACUAUGGCGUGGCCCCAUCAGGAGGAGCACCACCGGGCAUGAACGGCUCGGUGGACGUCGGAACAGCAGCAGCGGCGGCGGCGGCUCAGCACGGCCACAUGAUGUUGCACCCCUCUCAGCAUCCUCACCACCCCCACCCUGCGGACGAUGCCGCUGCCGCCGCUGCCACAGCCGCUACGUGGCACUUGCAUGACUCCGUGUCCCGCAUGGCCGCUACACAGGCCGCUCUCAUUGACGCGGUGCGGUCGCUCCAGUCAGACGUGAUUUCCCUGCUGGAUGUCCUCCCGCGAAUCACUGAGGGACGGGCAGCCGUGGAAUCCGCUCAUACCGAGUGCCAGCGGGUGGCACACGCCAUGGGCCACCGAAAUGCGUUCCUGGCGUCGCUAGACGGCCGGCGCGAGUCGCAGCCCCAGCCCCAGCAACAGCAGCCCUACUUUUAUCAACAAUCUGCAGCAGCGUCUGCAGCAUCGGCCACAGCCCCCGGAGGAUCGCAAUGGCGACAACCAGAGCCCCAAUAUCCCGUACCCCCAACGGACCCGUUCCACCGAGGUUCGCGGGGCAGAGCAGUUAGUGUGUACUUCGACCCACUGGCCAAGGAGCCUGCUGCGGGACCUGACGGACAGGCGCCCCCUACUCACACCAGUGCUCCCCCGCCACCACCACAGCAGCAACAGCAACAGCAACAGCAACCUCCACACUCUCAGGGAGCGGCCCCACCACCACCAUUCGGCUCUUCCCCCGGCCCUACCGGUCCCCCUGGAGGGGUGCCCCGAUCACAGCGACCAGGCUCGUUCCCUCUGCUGCAUCGACAGGACAAGACGGAGUUUGUGGGUGGUGGAUUCGCUGAAGCGCUGAAGUACAGAACUGACGCCCCGGCCCGUCGCCACACAGCCUCCGGCGCCGAAACCAUGCCUCUGCCGCAAUAUACUGCCCCUACAUCUACUCCUCAUCCUCAUGAGCCUUCUACUCCGCCACCACACUCGUCUCCACACACGCCGUACCGUUCGCCGCAUCCCUCGGGAGGUAGCACGCGCUCCAACAGCAGCAGCAGUACCCGUGGAGCAUCUGUGGCGGCUUUGUUGAACCCAGAAGGGGGCGACAAGAAGCGCAAGAUUGAGUAG